AUAGUUUCAUCAUUUUCGAUUCUUAUGCCAUGUACCCAUUAUCAUAUAAUUUUAUUGCCUUGUACCCAUUAUCAUAUAAUUGUGUUGCCAUGUACCCAUUAUCAUAUAAUUCUUUUGCCAUAUACCCAUUAUCAUAUAAUUCUUUUGCCAUGUACCCAUUAUCAUAUAAUUCUUUUGCCAUGUACCCAUUAUCAUAUAAUUCUUUUGCCAUGUACCCAUUAUCAUAUAAUUCUUUUGCCAUGUACCUAUUAUCAUAUAAUUCUUUUGCCAUGUACCCAUUAUCAUAUAAUUCUUUUGCCAUGUACCCAUUAUCAUAUAAUUUUGUUGCCAUGUACCCAUUAUCAUAUAAUUCUUUUGCCAUGUACCCAUUAUCAUAUAAUUUUGUUGCCAUGUACCUAUAAUCAUAUAAUUCUUUUGCUUUGUACACUUUAUCAUAGAAAGGUUUCGUGCGGUUAA